UCCGCACAGAAUCAAACAAUGGCCACGUCCGCAACGGCGGCUCGGCACAUGGUCGCUUUGCCGUACCCGGGCCGCGGCCACAUCAACCCCAUGCUCGCCGUGUGCCGCCUGCUCGUCGCCGCGGACGGCGCCCUCACGGUCACCGUCGUCGUCACAGAGGAGUGGCACGGGCUGCUGGCCUCCGCCGGAGUGACCCCCACGCUGCCGGACCGCGUCCGCCUCGCCACCAUCCCCAACGUCAUCCCCUCCGAGCACGGCCGCGGGGCCGACCACGGCGGCUUCAUCGAGGCCGUAAACUGCAAGAUGGGGGAGCCCGUCGAGCGGCUGCUCGACCGGCUGGCGUUGGAGCUGGGGCGGAGGCCAGAUGCUAUCGUGGCCGACACGUACCUGCAGUGGGCGGUGGCGGCCGGCGCGCGGCUCGGCGUGCCGGUGUGCUCGCUUUGGACCCAGCCGGCCACGUUCUUGUUGGCGCUCUGCCAUUUGGACCUGUGGCGACCAGCGGUUGAAGGUUUCAGCGAAGAAGAACUAAGCCGCAAGUCGUUGGAGCAAUAUGUACCGGGCCUCUCAUCAGUGAGGUUGUCUGAUGUCAAGAUCUUCCUCGCUUGGGAGGGGCCAAUCAAAAUAUCAGCGGAGGUGUUCGUCAAAGUACGCAAAGCGCAGUGCGUCCUAUUUACCUCCUUCCACGAGCUCGAGCCCAGUUCCAUGAGCAAAAUAGCAGAGUUACUUCCCUGCCCCAUCUAUCCAAUCGGCCCUGCAAUCCUGCGUGCGCCGGACAACGGGGAGAGCGCCCGUGACGAGGAGCACCGGCGCUGGCUGGACGCGCAGCCGCAGAACUCGGUGCUGUACGUCUCGUUCGGCAGCUUCGUCGCCAUGCCGCCCAAGCAGUUCGAGGAGAUCGCCGUGGGGCUGUGCGACAGCGCGGUCAGGUUCUUCUGGGUGGCCCGGGACAGGGCCACCGCCGGCCUGCGGGAGAUGUGCGGCGACAGGGGGUUGGCGGUGCCGUGGUGCGACCAGCAGGAGGUGCUGCGCCACCCGUCCGUCGGCGGCUUCCUCAGCCACUGCGGGUGGAACUCGGUGCUCGAAGCCGUGUGCGCUGGAGUGCCCUUGAUUGGCUUCCCUGUUGUGUGGGAUCAGCUGGUGAAUGCCCGGAUGGUCGCCGACGAAUGGAAGACCGGCAUCAACCUGAGGCAGCAGAGGGGAAAGGAUGGGAUCGUGAGCAGGGCCGCGGUCUCUGAUGCCGCGAGGAAGCUGAUGGAUUUGGACAGCGGCGCUGGCCAGGAGAUGAGGAGAAGGGCUGCGCAGCUGCGCGAGGCUUCCCGUGGUGCGGUCCUCGAAGGCGGCUCGUCGCAGCGUUCUCUCAGCGGUUUCCUGGAGGAUCUUGUUGAGGGGAAAUUGGAGGUCGCUGAAAGUUCUGCGUGAGUUCUUCGUUUAGUCCAGUCACCGCCAGAAAAAUACUAGCUGCUUGUGGUUCAAAAUGGUGCAUCAUAGCAAGGCCAUAUGUUAUUUUUGAGCAUAGAAAUUUCAAUUUUAAGGCUCACAAUCUCGCAAAGCAUACAUGUAAUCUAGGCAUAGACAUACAUGUGUGGUUGGGCACUUCUGGUGACCCAACUAUUGUAUCUAUGAACAUUACUCUUAUUCAAUAAAGCAUGGGAGAUUUCUCAAAAAAAAAAAAAGCAAGGCCAUGUGUCCUACAGAUAUUUCAUUUUUUUUGCUGCACUUGAGAGCAUUCUGACCGAUCCCUAUCCGGCGUUAGAGAAAAACAAAUUCGAUUUUGGUCACUACUAGGCGCCGGUGCGCCGGCCCAACUUUGAGCCGGUCAUACCAGCAGCGUCCGAUCGAACAACUCAUGGUCGUACGAUUCUCUUCUUUACUUUCACCAGGCGUCUUCUU